GCAACAAAGCUCGUUUCUCUUAUCAUCUCUGCUGUUCGAUGCUGUGAAGGCGACAGAAAGAAAAAAGAGCAUCGUGCUACUCAGGAUUGUACUCCGCGUUUCUGCGGAAAAGCGGCAUCCACAACCGAACAAAGCGCCUGCGCAAACUCAUUCUUGUGUGUCCAUUCCCCCUGUUUUUUCCCGAAACGUAGAUAUACCGUCGCAGACCAACUCCGAUCAACAUGGGCAAGCGGAAGAAUUUGAGUACGGCGGAGACGUCGCCGGAGCUGGACUUUGUGCGCGGCGGCACGCUCAACACCAUCGUCUACCGAGAGGGCGAGGAGCUGCAGCGGCUCCCCGUCGACAGCGCCGCCUUCCUAGAGGAUAAGCGGGCAGUGCGGAGCUCCAACAUGGACCAGAUCACCUUCUCCAAGAACAUCGUGUUCAAGGUGACGCUCGACUUCGUGGAGCCGAUGGCCUGCAUGCCGGAGAUUGCCGUGCGGGAGACAACGGACUGGAUGCUCAUGACCUGCCCAGGGACGAGCGCGUACUACGCCACGGUGGACCAACGACUGGUGUUGCAGCAGUGCCAGUCGUCUCUGCAGAGCAACAUCCCGGAGCUGACCUAUCCCAUUACCAUCAUCCUCUACCUAGACGACGAUCAGUGGCUAGUCGAGCGCGUACUGAGGUGA